UUGAAGUUGCGAUCUAUUAGUGAUUACUUGUGCAUAUUAUAUAGGUUAGUUUUAAUAUGUCUCAACAUCUUUGGUUGCUUGUAGAAUGGACGGAGGAAGCGGUCUUUUCGUCUUAUGGUAUUGUUUCCGCCAAUUCCUUGAUAAGUGACGGUAGUGACGUGCAUGUUGGAAAGGUAGUUAACAUCAGGAAUAAACAUGGCAAUGGUAUACGGAAGGCACAGAUUCUCAGGAUAUCCGAUAACAAGAGUUACGUUAAAGAACUUAAAACGUUAUUAGAAAGGCAAGACCAACAAGUAAAGAACGUAGUUUCAUUAUGUGUUAACACUAUAAAAGAGAUGAAGAGUGUGCCAGGAAACUUGUUUUUGGGUGAAAGAAAUAGCGCUCGUCAAUCUGUCCCAAGUCCAGUUGCUUGUCGUACCUCCCAACGCUCAAACGUCCAUGACGAUGAAACAUCUGACAGUGAGGAAGAGUCGAACGUCCACAGUUUUAACGGAUCGACAAAUAAACAAAAUCAUCAAUACAGUAACGUCGCGGAGUCAUCUCUUGCGUUAUACAAGAAUCUAACAUUCCAUCACAACAAAAACAACCCAUUGCCACUUACCAGUACACCACUAGCGGAACCAGUUCUAGGAAAAAAGAUUAAGAUCAAAGAAAAUUGCGAUAAAAGUACACAAACAGAACUCAACGAGAAAUUACCUACUUUAUCAGCGAUCGAAGAUGUAGAAGUGGUAGUUCAUAGACUGUACAAGCAAUUCACGACGUUGAUAUCUAAUCUUCCUUUAAACGAUGCCGUAUCAAUGAUGUCAGAGACAUCUGACUGGGAGAGAACUUUAUCGAAUAAUCAAUCAGUUGCCAAUGAAUGUUCUAAUUUAAAAGAAGAAUGGCUAAGCCAGAAUAUGAACACAACUAUUCGUGAAGCGGAUCCUUCGGAAGCCGUGGGAAUUCGCGUGAGGCGCGCUUCCGCCCAUACUACAAAUAAUGGCGAACCUGUCCCAAACAAUACAGACAUGGUUCCGAUAGGAAAUGGUAGUGUUUUGGUGCCACACAAACUACUUGAAGAUCUGGAUUGGAGUUCAUAUACGAGCGUUACGAGACAAUUGUUACAAGCUGUAUUUCCUCGCAGAGUAUUAGCGACCCAUUCGCUUUCAGGAAAACAAUCGCCAGCUUUCGCAAAUAAACCUCCUAAGAAACGUCUCGAUCCAAAAUUAGUUGACGACAUAGUUGACACUGUUUCUUUAAGAUGCGGUGUUGAUAAAAGACUAGUAAGAAGCUGUAUUACAACAAAAUGUACUGACGAGGCAAAAUUAUAUAGAAAUCGCCAACAUUUCAAACAUUUGCGCCAAAUGAAUCAUCAUCAAGAAAAUGCAUUGUUGUCGUCUGAAUCGUCAAACGCUUCCUAAAUUUUAAUAAAUUUAUAAAGCUUACGCUUAUGUUAUUCUUAUAU